AUGCCGCUCAUGCUGGCGUACCUCGUGUACAUCUUCACCCUUGGACGGCCCAAGCACCCACUGAAGAAGUGCGUCGCCUUCACGCGGCACAGGCUGUGGGGGCUCUACAGGAACUACUUCCCAGUGCGUCUUGUGAUUCCCCGCCAUGUGCGGGCCAAGUUUGACCCCCAGGCGAACUACUUCUUCAUUUACCACCCGCACGGGAUACAUAGCUUCGGCGCCAUUGCAACGUUCAGCCUGGACUUCACGCUUAGCUCGCUGCUUCCUGGCAUAACCGUGCAUGCGCAAACGCUCAAGUUGAACUUCUUCAUUCCCUUUUGGCGUGAGCUGCACCGGCUUUGUGGCAAUGGGGACGCCAGUGCGGGCUGCAUCCGUCGCACGCUGGAGUCUGGGCCAGGCGAGAGUGUUUUGCUGGUCGUGGGGGGCGCGAGUGAGAGCGUUCUGGCGAGUCCGAACACCAACGAGCUUAGGCUGCAGAACCGGCGGGGAUUCGUGAAGAUUGCGCUGCAGGAGGGCUCCCCGCUGGUUCCCGUGUAUGCGUUUGGAGAGAACGACGUCUACGCAAUUCCCCGCGUCGCGACCUCCGCGUGGUGGAGGCGCGUGGAGAAGCUGUUUCGCAAGGCCACGACCUUUGGCUUUCCCCUGUUCCUUGGCCGCGGCUGGUUCAACUACAGCUUCGGCAUCCUGCCGCACCGCCGCCCGAUCACGGUGGUGGUUGGGGAGCCGCUGCUGGUGCCGAAGAUCCCCCAGCCAACGGCGGAGGACCUGCAGGAGUGGCACGACAAGUACGUCACGGCCCUCAAGCGACUCUUCGACGAGUACCGCGCCGUGUACGACGUGGAAUCCAGUGGCCUGCGUAUUCAUUAG